UAACAGCAAAAAUUGCGAACACUUUGCUGCCAACAUGCAGAAUGUUAUCAAUUCCGUGAAAGGCACGGCGUUGGGAGUGGCCGAGUUCCUGACACCCGUUCUAAAGGAAUCAAAAUUUAAAGAAACGGGUGUAAUAACUCCAGAGGAGUUUAUUGCUGCUGGUGAUCAUUUAGUUCAUCACUGCCCGACAUGGAAAUGGGCAUCGGGAGAGGAGGCUAAAGUGAAGCCAUACUUACCAAAGGACAAACAGUUCUUACUAACCCGCAAUGUGCCCUGCUAUAAGCGGUGUAAACAGAUGGAGUACUCUGACGAGCUGGAGGCCAUUAUCGAGGAGGACGACGGGGACGGAGGAUGGGUCGACACUUACCACAACACGGGUGUGGGCGGAAUAACAGACGCUGUCCAGGAUAUCUCCCUCGAUAAUAAAGACAGCGUGAACAUGAAUGUGAAGGUGGGCGCUCGUGGAAACGAUGGUGGGGAUGAUGACGAGGAUGAGGAUGACGAAGGAGAGGCUGCAGACAUGGAAGAAUAUGAGGAGAGUGGACUUUUGGAGAACGAUGAGGCCACCCUUGACACGACGAAAAUGGUGGAUACUACCAAGUCAAAAAUGGAGGCAGGCAGCGAAGACGCCAUUUUGCAAACUCGCACUUAUGAUCUCUACAUCACAUACGACAAAUAUUACCAGACGCCGCGAUUGUGGCUGUUUGGAUAUGACGAGGACAGACAACCCCUUACGGUGGAGCACAUGUACGAGGACAUAAGCCAGGACCACGUCAAGAAAACUGUCACCAUUGAAAACCACCCGCACCUCCCCCCUCCCGCCAUGUGCUCCGUGCACCCGUGCAGACAUGCUGAAGUGAUGAAGAAAAUCAUCGAAACAGUCGCAGAAGGAGGAGGAGAGCUGGGAGUUCACAUGUAUCUGCUGAUCUUCCUGAAGUUUGUCCAAGCCGUCAUUCCCACCAUAGAGUACGACUACACGAGGCACUUCACCAUGUAAAACCUGUAACCGCUGUACUUCCUCCUCUACUUCAUCAAUGAUGUGGGUGUGGUCUUUGUGGCAGGCUCUAACCAAUGGCGAGAGACUGAACUGGUGGGGGGUCUCGAAGAGAGUGAUUAAUGAUAAACCUGAUCAUGUUAACCCGAAGAACGUGGUAAGCCUGCUGAAAGAGCCUGCAGGUUUCAUUCAGUUAAGAAAGUGAGGAUGCCAGGCUCUUCUAUUAGCAUAGCUCUAUCCUGGUUUACCAAACCACAUUCUUGGAAUAUCCCUCUAGAAUGGAUCAGUCUGGGGUGGGUGAUUGGUUAUGUGAGCCUUUUUGCAUGUGUGAUAUGGAUCUGUGUUCAUUGAUGACGUUGCUGCUCCUGUACUAAAAAAAAAACAAGCAAAACACCUGUACCAACAGCUAAUGCACUAUGUGGUGGUCCAUCUUGCAGUGUACUCGUCUGUAAUAAUGUACAUGUGUAUGCUGUGGGUUUGCAAAUGCCUUGCUCUGCUCUUUUAAACAAAACAACUUGCGCUCUGGUCAUGUAUCUGUCAAAACACCAUUCUCUGAUUUGUUCUCUUUUUUUUUUUUUACAAAAAAUAAAGAAAAAUAAAUAAAUAAAAUAAAAUAAGCGAAAUAAAUAUUGGACUACAAAA